AUGUAUAACGGCCUGUACGAGCUGGAGCUAGCAGGCUGCAACGAGAUCACCGAAGCGGGACUGUGGUCUUGCCUGGCUCCGCGGAUAGUGUCCCUAACCCUCUCAGACUGUAUCAAUGUAGCCGAUGAGGCAAUAGGCCCAGGACCUGAGCCCUUUUACCUCCCUUGCGCCCUAAAGAUUAUAUCUGUAGGUUUCUAUGCCCUUAUCGGUUUAUCCUCUGAUAAUAAAAAGGUGACGGUAGUAAUGAAGCUGACCCGUGUUCCCUAG